UCUAAUAGAUCCAAGACAAAUCUUCACAAAACAUGUUACCAAUCGACCAAGAUCCAUACAAAUUAAUCAUAGCGAAAUAAUAUUAUAAUUUGAAUGGAGAGUAAGUGUGGCUUGUCCAAAUGCUCCCUCUGUGGAUGGCGAAUAUCAGCUUGGAAUCAUAGUUUAAAAUAGAAAUUACAAAAACAUUAUUAUACAAAAGUCUCUUAUUCUACUAAAUAAAAAUAAAUGGCCACUUAAAUAGUCAUAUAAGGAGAUUUGGUGGGUUGUACAUGUACUUACCAAAAAAUAAAUAAAUUGGCGAGUCUUGUCGAUUUGCUAGCUAUGGACAAGCGAAUAAUCCUGUUGGAAUCAUUUUCCAACCUCUAUAAACAACAACAAAAAAAACCCAGUACUUGACAAGAGACUUGAGACUUGAAAUUUGAAAACCACAAUUUUGGGGGGUGGCGACCAUCAUGGAGAGCAGUAACAGUAUAGAAGGAGUGUUUAUGGCAUGGAUUCUUGUGGGUUUGCCAGUAUUGGUGGGGAUGUUGUGGUGGUGGAACGAGCUUUGGUAUGUGCUGCCUCUUAUGCUUCGACGACCUUCCAGUGGCCGCGCAAAGCUCCCACCGGGAAACAUGGGUUUGCCUUUUCUUGGAGAGAUGUUAACUUUUCUAUGGUACUUCAAGAUUCUUGGUCGACCCGAUGAGUUCAUCGAUUCAAAGCGACGCAAGUAUGGUGAUGGAGCGGGGAUGUAUAGGACCCACCUCUUCGGAUCACCGUCCAUCAUAGCAUGCUUUCCACCAGUCAACAAAUUUGUACUUAAAUCAGAUGAUUUGUUUCAAAUGGAAUGGCCUAACCCUGAUAUUAUCGGUCGUAGCUCUCUCGGUGUAGUUCGUGGAAAAGCUCAUGCCAGGGUCAGAAACUACGUGCUAAACUCUGUCAAUCGGCCUAAGACACUACAACAUAUUGCUCAACAAUUGCAGCCAAAGAUGGUAGCAGCUUUACAAUCAUGGUCUCAGAAGGGUAAAGUCAUCGCAAGUGAUGAAAUCAAGAAGAUGACAUUCGAAAACAUUGGGAAAUUGUUUGUAAGCAUGGAACCAGGACCUCUUCUUGAUUCCAUGAAUAAAUUGUUUCAAGGGAUGGUGAAAGGGAUAAGAGCUCAACCACUUAAUUUUCCUGGAACUGCUUCUCAUUAUGCAACUAAGUGUAAGAGGAAACUUGACGAGAUUUUCUUGGAAGAGCUGAAGAAGAAGAAGGAGAAGAGACAAAUAAACGGAGCGGAAAAGACCAAUGAUUUAAUGGAUGGAUUGAUGGAAAUAAAAGAUGAACAAGGUAACCAAUUGAGUGAUACAGAGGUAAUAGAAAACAGUAUGGGUCUUGUUAUUGGUGGAUAUGAAUCCACUUCCCUCGCAACAAUGUGGGUUGUUUAUUGCCUUGCCAAGUACCCUAAUGUCCUACAAAAGUUACGGGAGGAAAAUAUGGCUAUGAAAAAGAACAAACCUGAGGAUUUCAUUACAAGUGAAGAUGUCUCGAAACUGAAAUACACAAACAAGGUUGUGGAAGAAUCACUAAGAAUGGCCAACACUGUAGCAUUUGUUUUUCGAUCAGUUGCCAAAGAAACUGAAUUUGAAGGUUACAGAAUACCAAAGGACUGGAAAGUUCUUGUAUGGCUCCGUUACCUCCAUACGAACUCAGAAUAUUUCGAUGAUCCUCUAUGCUUUAAUCCAGAUAGAUGGGAUGAACCAGCAAAGGCAGGGACAUUCCAGGUAUUCGGACUAGGACCUAGACUCUGCCCCGGAAACACACUUGCUCGAAUGUCAAUCGCGGUUUUCCUUCAUCAUCUUUCGAUCGGAUACAAGUGGGAACUAGUCAAUCCUGAUGCAGGCGUGACUUAUCUACCACAUCCAAAACCAGCUGAUGGAGUGGAGAUUGCAAUCUCCAAAAUCUGACAAAUGUUUGUGUUAUAAUUCCACUUUCAUAUACUUAAUUUCACUAAA